AUGCCCACGGUCAAUCCCGACAUCGAUAGCGAGACUCCAGGUGCGAAUGGGGACUCUCUCAGCCAGAACGCUGAGGUGAAGAGGAGAAGAUUAAUCCAACAGAGCGUCCGCAAACCCGCGGCCAAAAUUAACAAGAAGAAGCAGUCGAAGAAGAUCCCUCCCCGCGGCUCAGUCCGUCAUUUCCCAUGCCGGCAAUGCGUCGCCCGAGCCAGCAAGUCUCCCGGCCAUGAAUGCGCCUCUCAAGACAAUACUGGUGCUGCGUGCUGGGAUUGCGCCAAGAACGGCCACACGUGUCGACCGGUUCCCACUGAAGCCCAAGCUGCUGUACGUGCCUUUUGGGACCUGAACCGGCAGCUCAGCGGCACCGAUGAAGAACCGGACGAGGUCUGGCGUGGUGCCGCACAACGGGCAGCUCAACAAUUGCGAGCUUGCGGCAGUGGUGCGGCCCCUCCUCCUACCACACGACCAGCUCCUGCCUUGGCUUCAUUUGGCGAAGUAGCUGAGAGGAGCUUUGAGGAGAGAAAGCUUAUAGCGCUAGAGACCAUCGCCGGGGCUGCUCAGCUCUGGAUUCGGCUCAAUCAACCAGACGAGGAGGGGGAUGAUGAGGGGGAAGAGGAUGACUAG